GCCCUCCGUCGGGGAAGCAUGGGGCUGCCCAGGCUGGUCUGCGCCUUCUUGCUCGCCGCCUGCCACUGCUGUCGCCACGCCACGGGUGUGCCAGGAGAGGAAAAGCAGCCUGCACACACACCAGACCUGGUGGAGGCAGAAGUGGGCAGCACGGCCCUUCUGAGGUGCAGCCCCUCCCAGUCCUCAGGCAACUUCAGCCACGUGGACUGGUUCUUGAUUCACAGGGAGGAGCAGGUGCUCAUUUUCCGUGUGCGCCAGGGCCAGGGCCGGAGUGAACCUGGAGAAUAUGAGCACCGCCUUAGCCUCCAGGGUUCGGGAGCUACUCUGGCCCUGAGUCAAGUCACUCCCCAUGAUGAACGAACCUUCCUGUGUAAGAGCAAGCGACCGAGGCUCCCGGAUCACUACACUAAGCUUCAAGUCUACAAAGCGCCAGAGGAGCCAACCAUCCAGGCCAAUGCUGUGGGCAUCCAUGUGGACAGGCAGGAGCUUAGGGAGGUUGCUACCUGUGUGGGGAGGAAUGGGUUCCCCAUUCCUCAAGUCAUCUGGUACAAGAACGGUCGGCCCCUGCAAGAGGAGGAGAACCGCGUUCACAUCCAGUCAUCACAGACUGUGGAGUCCAGCGGCCUGUACACCUUGCAGAGUGUUCUGAAUGCACAGCUGGUUAAGGAGGACAAGGACGCCCAGUUUUACUGUGAACUCAACUACCGGCUACCCAGUGGGAACCGCAUGAAGGAAUCGAGAGAGGUCACUGUCCCUGUUUUCUACCCUGCAGAAAAAGUGUGGGUGGAGGUAGAACCUGUAGGACCGCUGAAGGAAGGGGAUCAUGUGAAGAUCAGGUGUCAGACUGAUGGCAACCCUCAACCCCACUUCACUAUCAACAAGCAGAACCCACGCACUGGGGAGAUGGAGGAGGAGACCACCGAUGAAAAUGGUAUCCUAUCCUUGGAGCCUGCACAGAAGCACCAUAGUGGGCUCUACCAGUGUCAGAGCCUAGACCUGGAAACUACAACCAUACUGUCAAGUGACCCCCAGGAGCUGCUAGUGAACUAUGUAUCUGAUGUUCGAGUGACUCCGACCGCCCCUGAAGCCCAGGAAGGUGAUAGCCUCACACUGACCUGUGAGGCAGAGAGCAACCAGGACCUUGAGUUCGAGUGGCUGAGAGACAAGACAGGCCAGCUGCUGGGAAAGGGGCCCAUCCUCCAGCUAAACAACUUGAAACGGGAAGCAGGGGGACGCUAUCUCUGCAUGGCAUCUGUCCCCAGAGUUCCUGGCUUGAAUCGUACACAGCUGGUCAGCGUGGGCAUUUUUGGGUCCCCAUGGAUGGCAUUAAAGGAGAGGAAGGUGUGGGUACAAGAGAAUGCAGUGCUGAAUCUGUCUUGUGAGGCCUCAGGACAUCCUCAGCCCACCAUCUCCUGGAAUGUCAACAGCUCGGCAACUGAAUGGAACCCAGAUCCACAGACAGUAGUGAGCACCCUGAAUGUCCUUGUGACCCCAUCGCUGCUAGAGACGGGUGUAGAAUGUACAGCCUCCAACUCGCUGGGCUCAAAUACCACCAUCUUUGUCCUGAAGCUGGUCACUUUAACCACCCUCACACCUGACUUCAGCCAGACCACUGGCCUCAGCACCUCCACGGUCAGUCCUCACGCCAGAGGCAACAGCACCUCCACAGAGAAAAAGCUGCCACAGCCAGAGAGCAAAGGUGUGGUCAUCGUGGCUGUGAUCGUGUGCAUCCUGGUCCUUGCCAUACUGGGUGCUGCCCUCUAUUUCUUCUACAAGAAGGGCAAACUGCCAUGUGGACACUCAGGAAAACAAGAGAUCACGCUGCCCCCGCCUCGUAGGAGUGAAUUUGUAGUUGAAGUUAAGUCAGAUAAGCUCCCAGAAGAGAUGGCUCUCCUUCAGGGCAGCAGCGGUGACAAGAGGGCUCCAGGAGACCAGGGAGAGAAGUACAUCGAUCUGAGGCAAUAGCUGACUCACCAAUAUUUCCGGCUCCCCACUCAGUCUUCACCCCAAGCAAAAGCCUCCAGAGGGACAGUAGGGAAGAUCCUCACUCAGCCCCACUGCAGACCAGGUCCAGAGGGCUAAGAGCUGGGACAGAGCCACCUGGAGGGUAUCACUUGGCCAUGUAGGCCUGGAUUAGAUACCAAGUCCUCUUUUGUGUCCGCUGAGUGAUGCUUAUCCCAAGGGGCCUGUAUCCCAGGUUUUUUUUUCCUUCUCCCCUUACACAGCCAGUGGUUCUACAUCCAUCUCCUGCCAUCAGCUGUGUGGGCUUGCUUCUCUGAGUUGCUGCUCUCCCCUCAACAGGCUAGUUCUAUCACAUGAUACAGGACCUGGGCAUGAGGCCACAUGAGAGAACCCCACACAUCGGAAGCAGCUGUAGUACUGCUUUUGUACCUUCCUGCCUGCUACUAAUUCAGGGUCUCUUUUGGAACAUUCUUCCUUCGGGCAGAAGUCAGGAACUGGUGUUAGUCCUUCAGACACAUCCCUGAGUGAGGAAGCUGGGCACUGUUUUUUCUGUUUUUGUUUUUGAGUGAAGGCUACUGAGCCCGAGCUUCCUGUAUUCCCUCAGUGGGUAAUGGAAGACGGAGAGAAAAGAGACAGGAUGGAGAGGUGGUCUACUGUUCACGGAGAUUAGGCUUAUAGGUAUGUUAGUACCAAAUUUUGCUAUGUGAGCUUAUGGGCCCAGAUCCUAAGAGAACCCAAGUGGGAAAAUGGUACUUAAGAGAUGAAAACCUGGCCUGGGAAGAGCUUUUGAGGUAUGCUUGCAUCUGUGAGUGAGUGAGUGAGUGAGUGAGUGAGUGAGUGAGUGAGUGAGUGUAUAUGUGUGUGUACAUACAUAUAUAUAUAUGGUUUUGUCUGUAAAUUUGCAAAUUGUUUCCUUUUAUAUAUUAUGUGUUAGAAAAAUAAAGUAUUAUUGUC